AGUGGUGAGGACCAGAUCUGUAGGUUGAGGACAUCUGAUUGAAAAAUAUGUCUUCACGUUGUAAUGAUGUAAGAUUAUUCAUGAUUCUCAUUACUGUGGCUCAACUCUACAGCAGACAGGUCUUCCUCAGCGGGGGGGCACCUGCUGUCCCGCUCCGCGCUGCAGUGUCUGCGCGCGCGGAUGAGAGCACAUGAUUUUUGAACAGCUGGAAGGAAAGGCAGACCUGUAACACCUGAACAGACUUUGAACAUUACAGCAUCGCGCGCACGGGAGACGCGACACCCAACGCUUUUACUUUCCAUCCCGGGAGAUCCAGAGAUGAUGCCCCGUGUGCCGGGCGGCGGCAGGACAGCGUGCGGGGCGACUGGCACCUUAUUGUCGGCGUGUUUGAUCUCCGCCUGUCAAGCCCUGCGGAGCUGCGGGGAGGUCCAGUGCGGCGAUGGCCAGCAGUGCUGUCCACCCGUCGUCAGCGGGAACGGCAGUGCCAGCGCGGCGGUGCGCUGCUGCAAGCUCCCCAUCCACGUUUUCUUCGACAACGUAGGAUGGUUUACACGAAAGCUGUCGGGCAUCCUGAUCCUGUUGCUUCUCUUCGCCAUGGGGUACUUCAUCCAGCGAAUCAUCUGCCCGCGGCCCCGCAGGCACCCGCACCAUGACCGCAGCGAGGAGCCCUCCCUCUUUCACGGACACGCAUCCGCGUCCCAGGACUCCCUGCUGGACCGGUACCCCGAGUACAGCAUCGGGGACUUCGCGUCACCGAACCUGCCAGCCUACGAUGAGGUCAAAUACUUGCCCACAUAUGAGGAGAGCAUGCAGGAAAUGCACAGAGACCGGUCCGACGAUAACUUGCUGGCGGAAAACGAGAGGGGGAGUCGGGACAGGGGGAGAGCGGCGGGAUCGAGAGCCGGGGAGCAGAGGCGAGAAGUCUUGGAGGUGUCAGAACCGCAUCACAGCCCAAGGACGUCUCGGAACUCUGUCUGACGGAAGACAAGAGAUUGGGCAAAGCUUCACAGACAAUAUAGCAUUCUUAUUUUAGUAUAAUCAGGGUAAUUAUCUUGCAGAGAUAUAAACUCAAGUGCAAUUAUAAUCCUGAAUGUUCAGAAUAAAGGAGGAGGCUGAGAAAACGUACGUGUUGUGUAAGAUUAUGGGGGAUUACCCUCCUUUUGUAUGCAAAUAACUGCGUGGGUUAAGUAAAGGAGAUUAUAACUGGAGCGAAGGCGUCUGAAAUUGACGCUCUUUGUGUUGGGGACAGCUAAUUUGGCUGCGGUACAAUCGCAUUAAGUUUUACUUCAGCACCUCAAUUCUAGGUGGCACCGUGAAACAGUUUUCCCCGUCAGAUUCCUCUCCUUUCUCAGUCUUAAUGCUAAAUAUUCCUCUGGACUUGGCGACCAUCUCUGCUUUUAUUUAUUCUUUGUCGAAUUUGCAUACAAAAGAGGACAAAUUCAGAUUUUCUGUGCCCUCAGUGACCUGAAAUGUGGACUGCACGAAGGAAGGAAUAUCAAUUUGAAUUCUUGUGCAAGCAGACAUUUUUAUCUGCCCGCUUUAGAGACAGUUAAUUUAAAGCUUAUCAUACACACAUUUUACUUGGGGCAGACAGGAGUGUGUUAUCAGUGACCUGAGCCAUGUCUGAUACUGCAAAAGCUGGAGCCUAAGCAGAGGGGGGAAUUUAAUGACUAAAGAAGCUCUGAUCCUUGGAGCCAUGAUGCCCUCAGGCUACAUGUAUCAGUGUCCCCCAGGUUCUGAAUCCAGGAAAACAAUGGCGGAGAUUAUAGCUGGCAGACUGAUGGGGUGCAAGCUGCCAAGAAACAAAGUUGUGUUUUGGUGAUAGCAUGUCAGACAAGAUCGCAGACUAACUGCUGUCCUGGGCAGUUCUAACUAAGACAGGAAAGCAGAGGUGAGGCACAGAAAGGAGGCAACUGAUUUCUGUGUUUCAGACUGAGAUCUACUUCUAUGUUCACCAUUUGUGUGUAACAGUUCCCUUUUAUUUUCCAAUAACUAAUGUGGAAAGAAGGAUCUUCUGGGCUGCUGCAAACAUAAAACCAAGCUGACACUUCUCACACCUGAUUACAUCAGACCUAAUGGUCUGUACCUGGAUUAAAGCUGUAUUUGUCAUUGAG